AUGAUACUCUAUCACACCCACACGCACGCGCACAACAUUGAUAGGCCACGCUUUUUGUUUCUUCUCCUUUUUGAUUCUGCUUUUUGUUUCUUCUCCUUUUUGAUUCUGCUUUUUGUUUCUUCUCCUUUAUGUUUCUGCUUUUUGUUUCUUUUCCUUUUUGAUUCAGCUUUUUCUUUUUUGUUUCUUUUCCUUUGUUUCUGCUUUUUGUUUCUUUUCCUUUUUGAUUGUUUUUGUUUCUUUUCCUUUUUCUUCUGCUUUUUAACCACCUUCUUGCGUUUUUGCCGCGGAACCCCCUUCCGGCGUCUUUGUUGCCGCGGAACCCUUCUUCUGGCGUCUUUGUUGCCGCGGAACUCUUCUUCCGGCGUCUUUGUUGAACCCUUCUUCCGGUUUCUUUGUUGCCGCGGAACCCUUCUUCCGGCGUCUUUGUUGCCGCGGAACCCUUCUUCCGGCGUCUUUGUUGCCGCGGAACCCUUCUUCCUGGCGUCUUUGUUGCCGCGGAAACCUUCUUCCGGCGUCUUUGUUGCCGCAGAAACCUUCUUCCGGCGUCUUUGUUGCCGCAGAAACCUUCUUCCGGCGUCUUUGUUGCCGCAGAAACCUUCUUCUGGCGUCUUUGUUGCCGCGGAACCCCCUUCUGGCGCGGGCGGCGUGGGGGGGGCAUAUCUUUCAAUUCGGAAAUAUUACUAUCCUGUCCAUAUCUUUGCAAUUCUGUUCUUUCUCAGUUCAUUGUGA